AUGGACAGACACAUGCAGGGCCUGGGCACAGAGUCUGCAGUGGCAACCACACUGGACAAGGGGCCACUGGGUCUGGAUGGCAAGCCCGGAUUUCCAGGCCCCAAAGGAGAAAAGGGUGCACCAGGAGACUUUGGCCCCCGGGGAGAUCAAGGGCAAGAUGGAGCUGCUGGGCCUCCAGGACCCCCUGGGGCCCGGGGCCCUCCUGGCGACACUGGGAAAGAUGGCCCCAGGGGAGCACCAGGCCCAGUGGGUGCCAAAGGAGAAGCUGGACAAGAUGGCGAGACGGGCCCAAGUGGACCCCCAGGGCCCAAGGGUGAGCCCAGUGUUCCUGGAAAGAAGGGGGAUGAUGGGACACCAGGCCAGCCAGGGCUCCCAGGAGCCUCAGGGCCCAAGGGCAAGCCAGGGAGCGCGGGGCCUCAGGGAGAGAAUGGUGUGGACAGAGCCCUGGGGCCCAAGGGGGAGCCCGGCCAGCCAGGCACCGAUGGAGCCACAGGGCCACGGGGUCCCCCAGGCCUCAAGGGUGAGCAAGGAGACACGGUGGUAAUUGACUACGAUGGCAGGAUCUUGGAUGCCCUUAUGGGUCCUCCUGGGCCACAGGGGCCCCCCGGGCCACCAGGGAUCCCCGGAGCCAAGGGCGAACUUGGAUUGCCUGGUGCUCCAGGAAUCGACGGAGAGAAGGGUCCCAAAGGACAGAAAGGAGACCCAGGAGAAGCCGGGCCUAUAGGACCCAAAGGGGAAGCAGGAGAGAUGGGCCUGUCAGGCCUUCCGGGUGCCGACGGCCCCAAAGGGGAGAAGGGAGAUCCGGCAUCUGACGCCCUACGGGAGAGCCUGGCCCAGAUCAUAGUGGAACCAGGGCCCCCAGGCCCCCCUGGUCCCCCAGGCCCCACGGGCCUUCAGGGAAUCCAGGGUCCCAAGGGCUUGGACGGAGCAAAGGGAGAGAAGGGCAUGUCGGGUGAGAGAGGACCCAGUGGCCUGCCUGGGCCAGCUGGCCCGCCAGGCCUUAUUGGGCUGCCGGGAACCAAAGGAGAGAAGGGCAGACCCGGGGAGCCAGGACUAGAUGGUUUCCCUGGACCUCGAGGAGAGAAAGGCGACCGGAGCGAGCGUGGAGAGAAGGGGGAGCGCGGUGUCCCCGGUCGGAAAGGAAUGAAAGGCCAGAAGGGCGAGCCGGGACCCCCAGGCCUGGACCAGCCAUGUCCAGUGGGCCCUGAUGGGCUGCCCGUGCCUGGCUGCUGGCAUAAGACCACCCUCUUGGUCAUAAAGGGCUCACUCAACGCCUGGCCCGGCCAGUGCAAAGCCAUCAGCACCCCCUGGGACUUUGUCCAUACUGCCCCCCUGAGAGGGGGUGGAAUCCAGGAGAUUGGGCUGGACACGGGGAGCUGUGGGAAGCACCCUAAGGGGUUGAGCCCCCGCCAAGUUCCAAGUCCUGGAGGUCAUGCCCAGGACCUCCUCAGUCAGCUCCAGCAGUGGCCUUGUGCCCUCCUUCUGCCCUUCCUGCUGCUCCUUCACGGGGCUGGGAAGUCCAAGAUCCUGCCCCAGGGCUUCGCCUACUUGAGGCCCCAGCUGUGCACCAGGCUGGGUGCCUGUCACACGUUCCCACUGAACGCUUACGGCUCAUCCCAUUUUAUGCACGGGGAAGGCGACUUAGGGACUGAGCUCGAGGCCCCUGCCGAGGCUCAGAGACCCCCUCGAGUGCAGGAGCAGCGGCGGGGUCACCGGGGGGCACUUCCCGGGGAGGGAAACAGCAGCGGCCGAGAGGGCGAGGACCGUGGUGCGUUCCCAGGGCCGGGGCAGCACUAG